CGUAUGGAAAAUCACCACGAAUCGGCCAAUCACAAAAAGGUACGAAAACAUCACAAGUCGAUUCGGUACCUUUGCGUCUGUGGUUAUCAGCUGAAAAUUAUCGUGUUUACGCGUAUUGCGUAUUGGUGUUUAUUUUUAUAUUGCUAGUGCUAGGAAGUAGAACGCCAGACAAAAUGGCAACAGGAGUAAAACCUCGUGAUGAAGAGUCGACCCUUUCAAGAUCCGAUUUAGAAACAAUUCAGGACGCCAUGAAAAAUAAGAAAUUUCGAGAACUGCUCUCCGAGUACUGCGAUGAAAUACGUGACCCGGCGAAUCAAGCGAUCUAUCAGAAAGAAAUGACCCAGCUAGAGAAGGAACGUGGCUACGACGUAACUUUUAUCAAUCCGAAGGGAGGUUAUGUGAUCAAAACAAGUGUCGCAGGCGACAGAAAAGCUUUCAUCAACAUUUGCAGCAACGAGACCGUUGACAAACCGUCGUGUAAGGUUCAGGAGAUGAACGGCCAAAAGGGUAUGAACUGGCAGCUUCCGUAUACAAUAAUUCCUCCUAGAGAAGAUUUCGAUCACAAAAAGCAGCGAUGCGUUAUUUACGACGUAGUAUUUCACCCUGACACUUUGCGCAUGGCAGAGGUUAACAAGCGAUUUCGUGAGUUGGUAAACAAUACCGCUUUCGAUGGCCUGCAGAAAACCUACAACAUUCAUUUCGACAGCAACAACUGUCGAUUCCCUAGAUCUUAUUACAAGGGCAUGUCGACGCCGGCCGUCAUAAGAAAAGAAGACCCUAACUAUAAACCACCAAUUGAUGAAGAAGAAAGUGAAGAAAUUACACCAGAAAUAAUGGAAAAACUAUAUCCUCAGCAUAUGUACCCUGAAGCUAAAGAACCUGUUGAAGAACAAUAUAAAAAAGAGCCAGAACAACAUAGAAAAAAAGCUAAAAACAGUAAAAAAGAAUUCACUCACGCUUCUAACAAUGGUUACACAGUACCUAAAUAUGUGAUAAAGCAGCAGAAAAAUGUAGACUUGCAAGAUUUCACAUAUCACAAAGAUAGCAAACAAUAUUCUGCUAUUCCCAGUCACUUAGUCAUUGAAAUUAAUUUGCCUCUGUUAUCUUCAACUAAAGAUUGUGUUUUAGAUGUAAGAGAAAAAUCUCUUAAUUUGAUUUCUGAGAAACCUGCAAAGUAUAAACUUGACCUUUCUCUGCCUUAUGCUGUUAAUGAUGAGCUUGGAAAUGCAAAAUUUGAUAAAUCAAAACGAUCAUUAAUUGUUUCUCUACCAGUGGUAAGAGAGAAUACUAAUGCAAAACCAGUUUUAUUAAGACGUGACAGUGGUGUUGAAAGUGAAGAAAAUUCUAAUAGCGAUGAAGAUUGUAAAGAAAACCUGAUACAAGUCAUUUCCUCAAGUCCCACUGAGUCUAACUUAAUUAGUCCGCAAUCUCAUUCAACUGAAGAAGAAUUCCUACUCUCAUCAAUUAGCUAUAUAUUCCCAUCAUAUACAUACAAUGUUCUAGAUGACAUUGUUGCAUUCACUUUUCAUGUUAAAAACACUGAACCUGAUUCAGUGAAAGUGAAAAACGUUGGAAACAAAAUACACAUAAAGUUUUGUUCGAUAGGAUCUGGUUUUGUACCAAUACAUUAUGCAGCAAUAAUAUUAUUUGAUGAAGAUGUCAAGUUUGAGAAUGCCACUGGUGAAGCAUGGGACAACAAUGUCAUUUUACAAUUAGAAAUAGCUGGACCCAUCAAGAAUUUCCAAAUAGGUUUAAACAACAAAGAUAUGAAAACUGAGUAUUUUGACGUAUCUCCAACAACCAUAGAUGAUACACCUAAAGAAGUUGCUUGCAUAGAUGAUUCAAUGCCCAUUGUUGAAGUAACAAACUCGGGAAAUGAAACAAAUAUUGUGGUGACAUCACCUAACAAUAAAAUCAAUGAUGAACCGGACACGGAAAAUGAACGAGAAAUUGUAUGGGCUGAUUUUAAUACUGCACAAAAUGGAUCUAAAAGCAUACUACGCAAGCCCAUAAUGAUGCGUAGCUUUUCUGAAUCGAGCGUAGGUGAUGUUGCAUCUUCCAUGGAUUAUAUCAGCUCUGAUUGUAUCCCUGAAGAGUCAAGUUUGAAAAAGACUGUUAGGUUUAGUAAUGUUAUUGCUCGGCAAUUUUACAGAUACAACUCAUCAAUUGAAGGCCAGAAAAAGAAAAACCAACGCAAGAAGAGUAAAAAACGCAGUCAAGACAGGAGGAGAAGUGAGAGUGAAGCAGAAGAUGAUAUUUCAAACUUAGUUAAGCCCUCGAAACCUCGCUUGAAGCCAGCUCUCAAACAGAGGCAUGACAGUGGAGUCGUCGACACGUCCGAUGCAGAGGAAUGCAAGAACACCAUGUCGGAUAGUGACUUACAUUAUAACAGCAACACAGAUGAAAAUUCGAAUGAGAAUAACCCACCAAUUCAGCGUAAAGACUCCUAUCCUGAGGAGAACCAACCAGCCAUAUGGACCGGAGUUGGAUGGAGAGAUCACAUAAAAAGGAAGGUCAACAGAAAAAAAGUAACAGAAAAACGUGAAUCAGUCACAUGUGAUAACAUAAAACAUAACACCGAUUUCUACAAUCCAGACAAAUUAAAUAAGGGACAAUACUUAGAAGUUAAAUUCAAGAACGAUCUCAUAUUUGAUCUUGAUAUGUGAGUUUUGCCAUUUACCUUGGUUGUAUGAAAAAAUUUCAAUUUGAUUGAUGAAAUUAUAUUAGUUAUACACCUAUAGGAAUAUAGUUUAGCGUUUACCAGUGAUUUUUUAAUUAUGUACUAAGAGCCUGCAGUAGCCAGAUAUACUUUGUUUUAUAAAUGUAAAUUGUUAGCCCAUGCUCUUACUAUAGAUAAGUAUGGUAGCAACUUGUGGACCAGUAUAGCAAUUUUCAAGUGUCCAUACACUCAAAUGUCCUAGUAUAAAUAAUUUUCCUUUGCAUUAUUAGAAAAAUCAUGUCCCCAGACGCCAGUCACUUAGCUUCGGCUAACCCUUCGAAAAAUACCAUUAAAGAUCAAUCUAAAUUUUAGAUUGAUCUUCAAUGGUAUUUUUCGGAAACCUUUCUAAAAGGUUCUCCAGUGAAGGGUUUCCACAAAGCUAAGGGUAACAAUGGGUGUAGGUUUAAGGACAUCAUUUGACUUUGAGUUAACUAAGUUAAGAGUUAAUUGAGUUAACUAAUACUCCCCUUGUGUUGUGUUGUUCUUCCUCCCAAGCCACAUUUCUCAAUAAUCCUUCAAUUCCUCAUAAUUUGUAGAAAAUAAUAUGCUUUACGAUUGAAACCAUCUAAAGUCAUCUGCCGGCCAAACUCCAUAAUUGGCUAGUACUUGUAUAUGAUAGAAGCAUGGACUGACAAACAUACAGCCUUCUUAUAAGGUAUAUCUGGCUAUUGCAGGCUUUCAUUCUAUUAUUUGUGUAGGUGGUAAGGUUUAAAUUAGGUUUACCUUUCCACAUAAAUUAUGUUCCUUCCCUCUUAGAUUUUUAACACGGCGAAGUUUAUGGCAAUGGUCUAUUUUAUUCUGCACACACGUCAAUUAUAACAAUGCAUAUUUAAUAUGAAUAUGUUAGGUAAUUUCAUUAAAAUGUACAAGUAUUCUUUGAAAUCGGUUAGUCGGUGCAAUCUUUGUGACGUGAGGCGACUGCGGGUGGGAGGGAGGUGCGCGCGGGUCUGUGCCUUGCCGCCGCCCCCCUACGUUACCGGUGAUAUCUAAAAUUGUGUAGUGCACAGCCUUUAAACCCACGAUGUUCUAACACGUCAUAUAGAUUCCAUCCGACUAUAUGAUAUUGAUUACGCUCAUAUUAGACAAUAUAUUGUAAAUCGCAUAGAUUAAUGCAUCUAAUGGUACAAAUUAGAUUUAGUUAAAUUUAAUCAUGAAGUCUGACACAAAUUAAAAUUUUAAAUUUCACAUUUUUAUAGAAAUAAAUUUACGUAACUAUAGAUAAGACAUGCCUUAUCAAUAAAAUUUAAUCAAAAUAUUUUUUUUUUAAAUCAAAUACAUAUUGUUUUUAAAUCAAUAAGUGGCCUAAUCUACUGUUUCACUAACUGUAAUAUUUUUUUUAUUGUCCCGUUAGUCGUUUCAGUCAAAGGUCUUAUAGCGAAAAGCUUUAACCAACACUUUAGACGGCGCGUAUUGUGCGGAGGUUCUUCCCUCUAGAACCCUGACCACCGGUUGCCAUAGGUGUAUAUGAAUGCCGGGUGGGCCGUGCCCACCCUAGAAUAAUCCAGUGGCCACUCUAGAAAUCUGGGGCUACUGAAUUAAAAUUCUAUGAUGGACGCCAAAAUGCAAAAUAUACAAAGAAAAAUCAAUAUAAUCAGUAGCUCAGUUUUAGAGGCCAGCUUCCACAAACAUUGUAAACGAAAUUUUUAUAUUAAGUGUCGACUCGUCAGGGGCCGGGCCCACCCUAGGGAAUAAUCCUAGAUACGCCAAUGCUUGGGAAAAAAAAACUCAAAUGUCAGCGGGAGGGUUGAAUUUUUUCAUUACUUUCAAUAGGGUUUUGUAUUUUAUUUAUUAACAUCGUUAAAAGUCGGUUAAAAAUGACAUAUAAAUAUAUGAGAGAUUUUAUUAAUAAGGCAUAUAAAUUCUUUUGUAUUUGAAUAAUAUGGUAUUUAGGAGAACAAUAUCGCAGAUAUUUGUGCUCAAUUUUCGUCAGUGCCUUUUGCAAGAACUCCGAUUGCAGCACAGUAACCUUAGCUGUUGUCAUAAGCCAUGCAUUUAUAUUUUAUUUUAGUGAGUUUAGUAUUGAAAGUGUGUUUUAGAAUAUACUAAGUAGUCGUUAUGUUGAGUCAGAAGUUUAAAGGUAAAAAUAUUGUGAUGUUUCGAAUAUUAAUUUAAUAGAUGAAAAUGAAAUUA